AUGGGGGAGCUCGAAAAGUUGCCCGAACAUUUCAAGGUUAGUGUGAUGUGAAGGGAAAUAAGAUGUGAGGAUUUUAGGUGAUAAUGCGACGUUUGCCAGCGGCGAUGACGGAGGCGGAACUGCUCGAGCAGAUAAGUCCACUGCCCGAAGAGGUCAUCGACAUCACUUUCUUUCCCGCUGAUCCUACGUCAGUUUCUCAGGAAGUUAAUGAAUGAACUGAGAAUGAAUGUGUGUUUUUGAAGUUGAAAUGUCAUGAAUUUUUGAAAAUAGCCGAGACAUUAAAGUUAGAAGUUAGAGGCUUGAAAACUUUUGCUUUCAACGAAAAAAACAUUUUUUUAUGAAACAUAAUAAUAUAUAUCAUAAACCACAUACUUAAAAGACUCAUCUGAAACUCUCAUACUUGAUUUAUAACACUAUAAAAGUUUUGAGAAUAAACAGACUUGAUCUGAGGAAAGCGGAAAAAUGACCUGACUUGGGGUCAGCUCUUUCUUUCAAGAUUCAAAUAAUUUUUUCAUCACACCAUUUUAAAACUUUCAAUUGAAGGUUUGCCCCGCAUGCUUACAGCCGUUGUUACUUGGUUUUCGCCCGUCAUUGCGAUGCUCUUCUGGAGUUUGCCGAAAGAUUCAACAAGUACAUUUUUGUUGACUCGAAAGGUUUUCUUGUUGUAAAACUGCAAAUUUAUAUGAAUUUUCUCACAGGAAAUGAUUCAAUGGCGGUAGUAGAAGAGGCGAUGAACCAAGAGUUCAAACGCUACAGUUUGGAUGCCAUAAAAGAGGAUAGCCGUCGAAAUACUAUCCAUCAAGGUUUCACUCCGUUAGCAGUUGAUUUAUACUUGUCUUCCCUAGAACUUAUCUUCAAACAAUACGCAGUAAAAGAGGCUGAAAAGGAAGCUCAGCCGAUCAUGAACAUUGAGGAGCAGUUAAAGCGUCUCAACGCCGGCGAAUCCCCCUCUUCCAGUAAUUCGACUCCCAAUUACUUCUUCCUAUUUUUUUUUUAACAGAAUUAAGUCAUCUCGAAACUCCGCUAGUCAAGUUUAUGAUUGAGAAAGACAUGGCCAAGAGGACCAGCGAGGUAGAGUUUUCUUUUUGGGAAAAUAUAAACUUGGUUUUCAGUCGAGACGGCGACACAAACAUGAAGAAGAUACUCGAAGGCUAAAGAAAGUUCUUGGGAUCAAGGACGACGCGGCAGGUCCUUCUAAGGUGAUUUUCCUGUCCCUUUCCUUAAGAAGUUCAGAUUUUCCAGGAACCGAAAAACAACAGAGCGGCUGCACCAAAAGAGAAAAAGCCGUCUGAGGCAGGACCAUCCCAAGCUCCGAAAAAGCGCGAAUUCACGAAACCUUGGGUCAGCUUCUGAAAAGAGAAGAGAGCUUGUCAAUAUCAACCUUUGUUGUUCAGAAAGGGAAUGGUCGAGAGAAAAGGCCUGAUGGCGAGAAAGCCGACAAGAAGUUGGAGAAGAAAGAAGGCGGCCGUCGAGACCGGAAAGAAGAUCGGAGACCGGCUAAGCCUUCAGCUCGAGAACCUUCCAAAAAAUUCCCGUAG